UUCUUUCCUUUUCGUCUCAUUUAUCCAGGAUCAACUGAAGACCCUCCAGAGAGGCUACAAGCAUGUUAAUGAUGAAGCUCUCCGGCUGCAGAGUAAUCACCUGACUAUGGACCUGGACAACAACAUCAAUAUCAACCUGCCGCCUGUGGAGACCAAAGUGUUGAUCAUCCAGCGGGCAUGGCGAGACUUUCUGCAGAGACAGGAAGUGGAGAAACGGAGCCCCUCCCCACCUUCGCUCUCCUCCUCCGACAAGAUGAGCAUGUCGAUCAGCAUGAUGACCCUGUCAGAUGGCAGCACCCCUGAUUAUCGAGAGGAUGGCAUGGACCUGGGGAGCGACGCGUCCAGUCGCUCCAGCUCAGAGUCCAACUCCAACAAGGUUACACCCUGCUCUCCUUCUCUUGACCUGGCCAAUCUGGAGGACUACAAAUCCUCCCCGUCCCCAGAUUUGGGCACUCUAGAUGACUACGAGGAGGAUGAGGACUACCAGGAGUACAAGAAGAAGGUGAUGGAGGAGUGGGAGAGCGAGUACGGCGAGGAAUACACCUCCCCGCAGGCCCCUGGUCAAGACGAAAGCAAAGAGAGCGCCGUGAGCGGUAGCGGUCUAAAAGAAGGUUACAGGAAGUCGGCGAAUGCUCGCAGCCUCGCCGAAGAAUUCCAGGAUGUGAAGACGGUGCCGCCCCUGCCGGCCCCCGCAGGACGCACCGCCACCUCCGUGGCAACUGUCCCAGAUGAACUGAAGCAGAACGGGAAUCUGAUUCUGCCCCAGAGCAACCAGCUCCACUCCUCCGGCACAGCCGAGGGAGGACCAGACACUCCCAAAGCUGGCCACCGCAGCUCCGGUAAGGGCAGGGGGAGCCGCAGCAGUGGCAGGGGUGCUGGUGGUGGCGGAGGAGGAGAUGGCGGCGGAGGAGGAAGUGGAGGAGCUGGGGGUCCGAUGCGGGAGUACAGAGAGGGGCAGGAGGAGAGCGUAGAGGAGGAACCCCUGCCCACAAUGGAUUGGGCGGCCCUGGAGAGACACCUGGCCGGUCUGCAGUGCAGAGAGCAAGAGAACCAAAACCUGAACCACAACCAGAACCACAACAUGGGCAAGACCAACUACACCUCGAAUCUCAACAUCAAGCAGCAACUUCAGACUCUCCCACCAGAGCUGUGGAUAUCUGCAGCUCAGUGA